GUUCCAGUAACGCUUCCGCGCACAGCAAAAAAAAAAAAUAAACUAGAGAAAAAUUAAUAAGAAUCAAACAAAAUCAAAUAUCACAAGCCGCCACCCCACCCCCACAAAAGUCCAAACAAAAAGGACCGCCAAGUCGCCAAGCGUAUCACUCUCUUCAAGCCCACAGAGCCCAACAAAUCAAACAGUAUGUCCGCUAGAAUCCUGGAGGACUCGCCCAAUGCGCGCAUCAACAAGACGAUCCUGGACCGUUACCUGUCCCUGCCCCUGCAGGAGAACAUCGUCCAGGCCACCUAUGUGUGGAUCGACGGCACUGGCGAGGAUCUGCGCUGCAAGGAUCGUACCCUUGACUUUAUCCCAUCGGGUCCAGAGGAGCUUCCCGUUUGGAAUUAUGAUGGCAGCUCGUGCUACCAGGCCGAGGGCUCCAACUCGGACACUUACCUCUAUCCGGUGGCCAUCUACAAGGACCCGUUCCGUCGCGGCAACAACAUCCUGGUGAUGUGCGACACCUACAAGUUCGACGGCACCCCCACCGAGACCAACAAGCGCAAGACCUGCCUGGAGGUGGCCAACAAGUGCAAGGACGCUGAGCCCUGGUUCGGCAUCGAGCAGGAGUACACCUUCCUGGACUUUGACGGUCAUCCGUUGGGAUGGCCCAAGAAUGGUUUCCCGGGACCCCAGGGACCCUACUAUUGCGGCGUUGGUGCCAAUAAGGUCUACGCCCGUGACAUUGUCGAUGCCCACUAUCGCGCCUGUCUGUACGCCGGAAUCAAGGUGUCCGGCACCAAUGCCGAGGUGAUGCCCGCCCAGUGGGAGUUCCAGGUGGGACCCUGUGUGGGAAUCUCCAUUGGCGAUGACCUCUGGAUGGCCCGUUUCCUCUUGCAUCGCAUCUCUGAGGAGUUUGGAAUUGUGUCCACUUUGGAUCCCAAGCCCAUGCCUGGUGACUGGAAUGGUGCCGGUGCCCAUACCAAUGUCUCCACGAAGGCGAUGCGCGAGGAUGGCGGCAUCAAGGACAUUGAGAAGGCGGUGGCCAAGCUCUCCAAGUGCCACGAGCGCCACAUUCGUGCCUAUGACCCCAAGCAGGGUCAGGACAAUGCUCGUCGUCUGACCGGAAAGCACGAGACCAGCUCCAUCAACGACUUCAGUGCUGGAGUGGCCAACCGUGGCUGCAGCAUACGUAUUCCCCGUGGCGUCAAUGAUGAUGGCAAGGGCUACUUUGAGGAUCGUCGGCCCAGCUCCAAUUGCGAUCCCUACUCCGUAGUGGAAGCCAUUUUGCGUACCAUCUGUCUGGAUGAAUAGAGGAUGAUGUCUCAUCUAAUACUACUACUCUCCCCCAAACAUGUUGUUAUCCUUGUUAGCAUGUCCUUGUUAAGAGACACCAAAAUUCGUUAUUUUUUUUUUCUUUUUUUGAUCCACUGACCCGAAAAAUCGAACCUGAACUUGCGACACCGAUACCCAAUUGCGAAAACAAAACCACAAAACCAACAAAAAAUACCCAAGAAAAAUAAAAUAAAUUAAU